AUGUCUGCCGCGGAGGAGAGAGACCCGGCCCCAGGCGGCCAGGACGACCCCGUGGGUGCGGCAGGAGCCAGGGCUGUGUUGGCUGGCGCUGGUGGCGGGGUGGACCACGACCCUGGGCCCGGCGGGGGCCCGGUGGCCGGGCCGGCGGGGGUCGCAGAGGCCGGAGUCCUUGGGACUCUGCAGGCCACCGCGAGGGCCCUUCAGGAGGAGGAGGGUGAGCAGGAGGCAGCCCCGGCCAGGGCCCAGGAGAGCGGGAGUGCCGAGGAGGACUCGGACAUCGGGCCGGCCGAGGAGGAAGACGAGGACCUCGAGGGGAGCAUGGACGUCGUCGUGGAUGCCCGUCACUUCCCCAUGGCGGGCUUUCGGUUCAUGUUCCUGGAUCUGGUCCACUCCCUCCUCCACCGGAUCUAUUAUAACCACCACAUCCUGAUCCGACCCCUCGGAGGCCGCGUGAUAGUGAGGCAGUGCCCCCGGACCCCCGAGGACCUGGGAGAGCCGCCCACGCUCCACGUGCCCAAGUUCCACGCGGAGCCACCUGCGCUCUGGGCACCCUUGGACCGAGAAGAACCAGCCGCUCUCUGGCAGCGUGAGGACCCGGGAGAAGGCCCAGCAUCCUGGGAGGCCGAGGGCCGGGCAGGGGAAAACGCAUGUGCUUGCGAGCCCAAGGAGCUGACAGAGGAGACGGUGGGUCCUGAGGGUGAGGAACGGGCAGAGGGGUCCACAGUCCCGGAGGCCCAGGGUGGGGGGCAGUGGCCCAGAAGGCGGGGGCCUGGGUGCCCCGGGGCCGACGCCAGGACCCGGGCCGGCGCAUACAGGCCGGGCCUCGGGUACCUGUGGCCUCUCAGCAGAGGUGUGAUGUUGGCGCAGUUGACUCCCUUGCUGGCCUUUGCUCUGCGCUUACGUCAGGUGGAGAAGCGGCGGGUCGGGGCCCUCAAAAAACUUCAGGCCCAAUGUGCCCAACCUGUACUAUUUUUUACUAAAGAAGCGAAUAAAUAUCAGUAUGAAAACUCUGAUCAAGAGGCCCAAAAAGCUGGUGGUGAGGAAGAGAAAGAAGCAGAGGAGGAAAAAGAGAAGAAAAAUGAAGUACAAGAAGGACCUGAGACAGAUCUGAACCUAGCUGAAGGCAGCCCCAGAAAAUCCAGAUAUAUUUGA